AUGAAGCGAGCCGGGAGUGAGAGGAAGAUCACCUCGUUCUUCAAGACAAAAGUGAUCCAGAAGAGUGAUGAUGGUGACCAUGACAGCAAUGAGCCCGAGAAACAUCCAGGCACUUCAACAUCAACAGCUGUCGAAGCUGACGUUGCCGUUAAGGAGCAUGAGGACGAGGAGCUCUCUUCUACUCCUGGCACACUGACACUGCCUGCAGCUCCAGUUGACGUUGCGAGCUUCAUUGGAAACAAAGUGGCUACAGACGCCGAGAUAAUGGCCAUAAUCUAUCAGAAGGCCCCGUCUGCUGAAUCGCUACCCCUCUGCGACGAAGGUGGUCAUAGAAGGCGAUUCCAGCCAAGCUGGUGCUCCACAUACCCCUGGCUAAAAUACUCACAGCUGAACAAGGGCAGAUACUGCAUAGCCUGUGUUGUGUUCGGCGGGGACACGGGCGGACUUGGAGACCAGAGGCUGGGCAUCUUGGUGUUAAAACCAAUGUGCAAAUACAAAAAGGCCACCGAAGUGCUCAACAACCACAAUGCAUUGAAACUGCUUAGGGUGGUGGAGUGGUCGAGUCACGAGCCGGAGCCUGGAGUGUUCGACUUCGCUGGUAAUCAUGACCUGGAGGGCUUCAUUAAGACAGCCCAGGAGCAAGACCUUCUUGUUAUCCUUCGAGUUGGACCCUUUAUCUGCGCCGAAAGGGACAUGGGUGGUCUUCCGUACUGGUUACUGCGACUUCAUCCAAACAUCCGUCUACGAACUUCAGAUCCUAGUUACUUGACGCACGUGGACGCUUGGUUGAGCCAGGUGCUGCUGCCCAAGAUUAAGCCGCUUCUCUAUGAGAACGGUGGUCCAGUUAUCAUGGUACAGGUGAGGAUAAUUAUCACAGGUGUUGACUUCAGAUAUUUGAACCUAGAAGGUAGCAACUAUGAUAGUCUACAAGCCACUAUGUUUCAUGGUGAACUAUCCAUCCUCUCUUGUACUGUUAAUGUUAAACGUGUCUUCUACAUGACUAAGACCCGUGUUAUACUUGCUGAACAAUAUUAUAACAACAUAACCGUGCCGCUGAGACGCUUGCACCACCAUGCUGUGAUGCUUCACCACCAUGCAGGUGUGCUUGCACCACCCUAUGGUAUGCUUGCACCACCACUGCUGGGGAAUGCCUUAAACCACCAUGCUGGUGAUGCUUGCACCUCCAUGCUGGUGAUGCUGCACCACCAUGCUGGGAUGCUUUGCACCAACCAGCUGUAUGCAUCACUAACCCAUGCAGGGAUGCUUGCCCACAAGCUGGUUAUGCAUGCACCACACCAUGCCUGUGAUACUUGCACCACCAUGCUGGUGAUGCUUGCACCACCAAUUCUUGUGAUCUUCACCACCAUGCCGGAUGCUUGCAACCAGCAAGCUGGUGAUGAUUGCACAACCAUGCUGGAGAAUCCUUACAUGCAUUGUACAUUCACACAUAAUUCUUACAGUUCGCAUCUCCAUAUCUUUUUUUUUUUUCGUGAUAAUAAACAUUUAACACCAGGCGGAAAUACAUGCUUGCGGUUUCAUUUGUGCUUCCUGCUCUGUAGUGAUAAAAUUCACAAAAUAUUCAUCACUGACCCUAUUCCUUUUCCAGGGACUGACCCCAAAAUGAUGUUUGAGCAGCAAAGGCUGUUUGAACCCAGAGGACCGCUCGUCAAUUCAGAAUUCUAUCCAGGAUGGAUAGAUCAUUGGGGAGAACCUCACCACAAGACUAACACACAGGAGCUAGCCAGUGGGUUGGACGCCAUCCUAGCUCUCAAUGCCUCGGUUAACAUGUACAUGUUCCAUGGUGGCACCUCUUUCGGUUUCACCGCAGGUUCGAACGUGGGAGGCACGUUUCAGUCGUGUCCAACAUCUUACGACUAUGACGCGCCUGUUUCUGAGGCGGGAGACCCCACUGAGAAGUACCACGCAGUGAGAGAAGUCAUCAGCAAGUACCUAGUGUUGCCCCCCGGGCCGGUGCCACCAGUGCCUCAGAAGGCAGAAUACGGUAAGAUUGAAGUCAUGGCGCUGGGGUCGGUGAUGCAACUGCUACCACUCCUCCAGGGGGUGACCCAACCCUGGCCUCUCACCUUCGAACAACUGCAGGUAUCCAACGGCCUCGUCGUAUACCACACUGUGCUCUCCAUAAGAGUGCCUGAUCCGGCACGCCUGAGUUUGUAUGAUAUACAUGACCGCGGUUACGUGUUCGUAAACGAACGGUACGUCGGGGUGGUGUCCAGAGAGCAGAGGUUGUACGACUUAGCGGUGUCAGCUCUCCCAGGAGACAGCAUUCACAUCAUCGUUGAGAGCCUGGGACGUGUCUCAGUCGGACCCAAGCUUAAUGACUUCAAGGGUCUCACAACCAACGUAACCAUCAACAAUCAUGAACUCGAGGGUUGGACGAUGACACCACUGCCGCUCACUAACACCACUCGUCUCCAUCACGUACUGCAGCGUCUUCGCCAGACACUGACACUUAGCCCGCUGCUGGGGACACAACAAGGAGGAAUGACCUUCUACAGUGGCACAUUCACCGUCCCCUCAGAGGAGUCACAUCCUCUAGAUUCCUUCUUGCGUCUGGAUGGCUGGUCUAAGGGAGUAGCAUGGGUGAACGACCUGUGCCUGGGAAGGUACUGGCCAGAGGUGGGCCCCCAGGUAACACUCUAUGUGCCCCGGGUCGUCCUAAGGCAGGGCACUAACACCAUAACGCUACUGGAGCUGGAAAAGUCACCCUGUACAACCUCCAAAAGUGCCUGUCGAGUCUCUCUGGUUGAUACUCACCAGGUGGACGGCCCCACUCCAAACUGACAACCCCUCGUCUGGUUGAUACUCACCAGGUAGAUGGUCCCAGUCCAAAUUGACAACCCCUCGUCUAGUUGAUACUCACCAGGUGGACGGUCCCACUCCAAAUUGACAACCCCUCGUCUUGCCUUCUGCCUCCUCUUCCAUUGUCUCGUUUUCUUCCCCAUUUUUCUAUUGCUCGACACCAUUCCCCGUCCCUCUCUUGCCGAAUCCAAAUCCCCAUCACUCUAUUGCCCAACCCCUCUUUCUCUUUUCUCUGUUGACUCGCCCAUUGUCCUAUUUUCGUUCCCCGACCCUUACGUAGCUCGUCGUCCAUUCCCUCAUAAUUUUGUCUCUCCCUCUGAUGUCCCUCCCUCCCCCUGUCCCUCUACCUUUGACGGUCUCCCACAACAUUGAAAGAUCAAGCAUAUUUAUCCAAAAGGUUUCAUCUGUCAGCAAAAACGGGUAAACAGGACAUUGUAAGAUGACAGGGUCAUUCUUCUUGGACAGUUUUGUUAUUAAAUAAGGAAGUUAUAUCGGUAAAACUGACGCAAAUGACAUGCCCAAUCUGAAAUAGUGUCAGUUACCUAUUGUUGAUUGAAUAGGUUAUAGACUAGGCCUGCAUAGUUGAUGGGUUGAUCAGUUGGUGCUAGUAACACGCAAUCCAGCAAAUGUACCACAGCCCGGUUGAUGCAGAACUGAUUUGAAGAUCUUAUUAAGUUCCCUCUUGAGGACAGUUAAAAGUUUAUAGGUAACCCCCAUUGUAAUUGAACCCUACAGACAAGUUAUUUCUUAGCGUUCUUAUUUCACCCCUGCUUUUCAUCGGGGGUAUUUGCACCGUUCUCAGAGCCUCCUGCUGUCAUAGGGAGCAAUUUCAGUUUCCAGAAUUGGAACCAGUCACUCCAGAAUGUUCCAGGUAUGAAUUAGAAUGUAUAUUUCUCGCCGGCUUUCCAAAGAGUACAGAUUAAGGGACGCCAGGCGUUUCCAAUAUUUUAGGCGUUUGUCUGCGUUGAUACAGAUAGUCAAAGUUCUUUACAUUAUGCGGAUCUACCUGCAUGACUCAUAAUGAUUUAGCAUUUGUGUU